UCAAGAAAGGUGGUCAUUCAUCCGGCCUGCCCGUGAGGCCGUCACGUCACGCCUCCUCCUGAAAACCCGCCGUCACGCCCACCGCCGCUCUCACAAGUGCUGGCUCGCUGGCUCAGCCGCCUCUGCUCUUCAUCUUCAGCAGCUGUGCCUUGCUCAUGGGAUUUGGGGAAAGAGACGACAUGUCUGUUCGUCACAAUCACGAGAUGAGUGCGGUGCUGAGGCUCUCGCAUCUUCCUCUGGUUCGCUCGGCGCUGAGCUCGGUGACCUCUGCAUACUCAGAGGUCAAAGGUCGCUACCCUCUACUGGGAUUGGUGGGCAACGCAGCGGAGGCGGGUGUCCGGAAUGCCUCCGUGGCGGCCUUGAGCGGCGCCACACCCCUGGUGCAGACCCUCUGGCCUCAGAUCGAGGCGGCCAACAGCUUUGCUCUGGUGGGUCUGGAUCAGCUGGAGAGGAAAUUUCCCGUCCUGAACCGCUCCACUGACGAGGUGGUUGGUCACCUGAAGGAUGCCUUCUUCCUAACGCUGGACGACAUGCAGCUGUGGAUGCUGGACGGGCUGGAGCAGAUGGAGCGCCUGUCUCACACCGCCUGGGCGGCGGUGAGGCAGCUACAGGACUCGCAGAUGGGACGCGCCGCCUCGUCAGGUUUGGAUGACGUGCUCAGCCGCCUGGAGAGUGCCGCUGCCUACUACAUGCCACUGCCGCCCACGUUGCGUCGUGAGUGGGAGAUGCGGGUUCAGGAGUACGAGGACGAAGAUGACAGCGAUGAGCCCGGCCCGUGGACCCGCGUGCGCAGCCUCCUUCUCAGUAUCAGCCUGCAGCUUUACCACCGCAUGGUCAAGGUCCGAGAACAGCUGGAGGAUGCCACCGGAGCCCUGGGGAACACCGUCCGAGCCGUGGGGCUGGCGGCCAUCCUGGACCUGUUGGGAGAGCUGCUGCGGAACCUGCGGAGCUUGCUGGUGGCGCUGGUAUACCGGGCCGAGAGCCUGCGGGAAAUGAGCCUGGGUCGCGUUCGGGAGCAGGCCGUCGUGCUGGCGGAGCUGCGCCCGGUGCGGCAAGUCCGCGAGCUCCCGCUUCAGGUGCGCCGUCUCCUGGGGGACCUUCAGGAGCUCUCCAAGAUCCUCCUGCAACUUGUCAUCAACGCCACGCCACUGUAUGACUUGGUGUCGCGUGUUGUUGGGUUCCUCUUGAUAAGCGAGGCCGUGUUUCCCAUAUGUGUGGUGCAUCAGCUCCAGCGGCCGUCCGACAAGGAGGUGGAAGACUUCCUGAACCAGGAGGACUUGCGUGCAGACAGCUCGUCUCGCCGCAGCUCGGCCAAUAGCCUGUUCCUGAAGGCCAUGGACGGCCGUCCUCGCCGGCGCAAGAGUCUCUAUUCCAGGGCCGCCCGUAGCCCGGGCCCCGACCCCCCUGCCGCCUCCGGCCGGCGCUCCAGCCUGAAGCAGGAGCCGGAGGCAGAUGGUUCCUCCAUGCCUUCCGAUGGCGCCGCCCGCCGCCCCUCCGCCGCUGAGCUCAUCCUCACGCCGCUCAAGCAGUUUGUGUCGCAGAGCCAAAAGGCCUUUGAGUACCUCAACCCCAACUCGGCGGAAGAGGCCAUCAACAGCGCCAGCGACUGAUGGGCACAGGGUUGUCCCCGUCGCUACACGCCCCCCCCUGCCUCCGCUGCGGCCAAUCACCCGAGUGCAUACACCUUCUCCAAAGUAACCGUGGCAACCCUGCUUCCCUCUGCUCUCGCUUGAACGUCCGUAGCGCCUGACGUCGGUGCCGCUAACGCCUGCUACACACUUGCGGAUCUUUCAAAGAGCCCCGUUGUGUUGGUGUGUGCGUGUUUGCCUGGCCGCGUCAGGCUUCCUUCAAGUCUGAUGCACGCACGUGCCUUGCUAACAGCUAAGCCACCAGGAAUCACUGUGACAGCCGCUAUCGCUGAUUAUUUGUAGUGUUUCUGUGUCCGCAACAUCCCCCAAUAAAGCUUGUCAUACCUUCA